UUGUAGAGAUGAUGAAAGGCAUGGACGCUUCUAACAGGUACUACGUACCAGCCAUUGUAGCCGGAUAUGCUCUGUCCUCAGCCUUACUUGCCAUUAUCAACAAAUUCGCAGUCACCAUGUUCUCUUUUCCAGCCAUCCUCACCGCACUGCAGUACCUGACUUCCGUCGUCGGCGUUCGGUCAUUUUCUAUGCUUGGCCUCCUUCAACACGAUCCCUUCACAUAUGACAUGGCCCGCAAAUUUCUCCCUGCAGCUACCAUCUUCUACCUCGCCGUUUUCACCAACACCAACCUCCUUAAGAACGCAAACGUAGACACAUUCAUUGUUUUCAGAUCCCUAACACCUCUUCUGGUCGCUGUUUCUGAUACAGUUUUCAGAAAGCAACCUUGGCCAUCAAGAGCUACAUUUGCAUCCUUGGUAGUGAUUCUUGCUGGUGCAGUUGGGUAUGUCUCUUGUGAUUCAACGUUCACACUAACUGCUUAUUCAUGGGCUUUCGCGUAUCUGGUGGUCAUAACCACAGAGAUGGUCUACAUAAAGCAUCUGGUUAUGAAUCUCGGAUUGAGUACCUGGGGUUUUGUUUACUACAACAAUCUGAUUUCUUUGAUGAUUGCGCCGGUUUUCUGGUUAAUGACCGGAGAAUUCCAGGAAAUUUUGGCCCUCUUGAAUCCCAAAAAGCUUGCUGAAGGAGAUUCAGAUUCGAACACCAUGAUCACAGCAAUAGCAGUCGCUGCAUCAUGUGUCUUUGGGCUCUCAAUAAGCUUCUUCGGGUUCGCAGCAAGGAAGGCUAUUUCUGCUACAGCAUUUACUGUAACUGGAGUGGUGAACAAGUUGCUCACCGUGUUGAUCAAUGUGGCAGUUUGGGACAAACAUGCCACCCCUUCUGGGCUGGGUUUUUUGCUGGUGACAAUUGGGGGAGGAGCGAUGUAUCAGCAGUCGGUGAGGAAGCCAUUACCAAAGCCAGAACAUAAAAGUGACGUAGAAAAAGCAACAGAAGAUCACAGAGAGGAAAUAGAAGGGCUGAUGGAUGGCCAUCAAGACUUCAAAGAAGAAUCUACGAAAAAUUUUGUGAAAUAG